AUGUCUCCACUGAUUUUCUCCAUGUUCGCAGGAUUGCAUCUGCUCAAAGCUAGAGUUUGCCUGGUUUCUGUUUUCUUGUAUUCAAUGAGUGAAAUCUUCAAUGCACACGUCGAGAUCAAGCCUUCAGCACUGGGUGGUCGGGGGCUCUUUGCAAAGAAGAAGUUCAGUUCGGGAGAUGUCAUCCUUGUAGAACAACCAUUCUUCACUGUGUCUUCGCUGCCGUGGGAGGGAAUCGAGCAAGCAAAUUCUGUUGACAGUGUUUCUUCGAAGAAGAUCUUCGAUGCGUUCCAGACUUUAGAUGAGAAUAGCAAGAGAUGCUUCCUUGAUUUCACUCAGGCUCCCAUCUAUGGAACAGAUCAGAACAUUGCAGGAAUCUUUUGGACCAACUGUAUAGAUAUGGAGCCGAACAAUGAUGAUAGCGACAUGUGCAUGUUCCCUCUUACUUGCCUGCUGAAUCAUUCUUGCAAGCCAACAGCUGUCUGGAAGUACAUGCGGACGUCGAAGCAGAUCAUGACAUGCGCAAAGUGUGACAUGAUUGCACUUUCUCGGAAGACAUCUCAUUUCUCCUUAGAGCCGGAUGCCUAUGAUGGGAAGACCUUUCAGGAGUAUCUGCAGCACUGGUAUGGUUUCAGGUGUAAUUGUGGCUUCUGUGAAGAUUAA